AUGUCGACAACUCAGCAGACCGACUCUGUUACCACAACAGAAAAGCCUGAGUCGCCUGUCGAUGAGGAUUCGUCAAGUGAGAAGAGCACGGAAGAUGUUCGAGGAAAAGAAACACAACAGGGUGAAGAAUCGGAUAGGACUUUUGCACCCAUCAAUGCGUCCGUCGCAACAAACAAUGAGCGAUCGCAGAAGCUGCAGCGCACUACGUCUUCGACCAUCGAGCGCAGCUGGUCUCUGAAUGAUGGAUACAGCUGCCAUACUGUCGACGAAGAAGCAGAAGAUAGAUCUAACCAACCGGGUGAAGCAGCCGACGGUGAUGAGUUUGUUGUCGGAUGGGAUGACAAUGACCCUAAGAACCCCCGGAAUAUGAACAAGCUCCGGCGAUGGCUUAUUGUCAUCAUUUGCUCGUCGGGUUCUCUCUGUUUUUAUGGUCGAAAGUGGAUUUACAUCGUGUCGUUUACCUUCUUUUUGAUAUGGUUGAUCCCGUGUGCCGUGGCGCAGAACAUCCAGACUAUGAUCGUAAGCCGUUUCUUCAACGGCCUUGCUGGCAGUGCUUUUCUCAGCGUUGCGGGAGGUACAGUGGGCGAUUUGUUUGACCGCCACGAACUCAGUGCCCCUAUGAUGCUAUACACGGCUUCUCCUUUCAUCGGUCCAGAAGUGGGCCCGCUGGUUGGCGGGUUCAUUAACCAGUUUACGACUUGGCGCUGGACGUUUUAUGUGCUCCUCAUCUGGUCCGGUGUCCUUCUCGUCUCGAUCAUCCUGUUUGUUCCGGAGACCUACCACCCAGUACUCCUCCGGCGCAAGGCGCAAAAGCUGCGCAAAGAAACGGGAGACGACAGAUGGAAGGCUCCAAUCGAACGAAUGCACCGCUCGGUAGCACGGACUGUCCUGCGAUCCACCUACCGGCCGUGGCUUCUAUUGGCGUUGGAGCCGAUGUGUUUGAACCUCUGUAUAUUCUCUGCCAUCCUUCUGGGUAUUCUCUAUCUUUUCUUUGGUGCUUUUCAGCUCGUCUUCGGCAACGUAUACGGCUUCGAGCUCUGGCAAAGAGGUCUGUCGUUCCUCGGCCUCUUUGUUGGUAUGGUAUUUGCCAUCCUAUCUGAUCCUUUCUGGCGUCGAGUUUACGUUCGUCUGGAAAAGAAGCACGAAAAAGCUGUUGGGAAACCAGAUGAUUUCCAGCCCGAGUGGCGGCUACCCCCAGCAAUCCUCGGAGGUCCGCUCGUCACCAUAGGACUCUUCAUAUUUGCCUGGACCAUCUAUCGUCAUGUGCACUGGAUUGUACCACUGAUUGGGAGUGCGUUCUUCGGAGCCGGGACGAUCCUCGUAUACUCGGGUGUAUUCACGUUUCUGGUUGAUGCCUACCCAACAUACGCAGCGAGCGCUCUGGCAGCGAACAGUUUUGCUCGUUCGACCUUUGGGGGUGUCUUUCCAUUGUUUGGUAACCAAAGUAAGCAUUCUCUUCCUGUCUAUGCAUCUGCGGUCGUCCGCGAAGUGGAGCUGGAGCAACAGGUCAGGAGCAUGGUCUACGUCAAUGGUGGUAGCCUCAUACUCAGCUGA